AACAAAUUGGAGGCAUGUCAAAAUUUCCCAAAUUCUACAUAAAUACACAGAUUUGAGCUUUGCCUUUUACACUGAUGUUGAAUAAUAGACAUAGUAAACGGAAUAAAAUAUAACAUCUGCUCGACCUAGAAAACAUUCCAUUGCUAUGGAUUUUGAUGGGAAGGGGACUACGCUUUCUAUUUUAAUCUCCGUAUUCCUGACACAUCUUGCUGUUGCAUUUCAAGCGCCAUCAUGUGGUGGCAUCCUCAACAAAACAGAGGGCUCUGCAAGCAUUUCUGAUGUCCCCCCUAAUACAACAUGCACAUGGACCCUUGAUUUGGGCAAGCUGAAGAAAGGCCAAGUAUAUAUUACAUUUAAAGACGUCAGCCUAAUUCAUGGACAAGAUUUCCUCGUUAUACUGGACAACACUGGGAAUGUGAAUCUCACUGGGGAUCAAGAUACAUUUUUGUAUGUGGGGACAUCAAGUCAGACUGUGAUUUCUCUAAAGAUUGGCAGCAACAACAUUACCACUCAUCCUAGGACAUUGGCAUUUGAAUACAAUCAGGAUGAAUGUAAGCAGAACUUGGUUGAAGGGUCAGGUUCAUUUAGAUCACCGUACCACUCAAAUGCAGGGACAUUACAAUGUACAUAUACAAUACUAGGACUACCUGAUACAUUAAAUGUCCUGUCAUUCACUGACUUUUCACUAAAGAAAGGCUUUGUUGAUGUGCGUGAUGGUCCGACAACUGAAUCUCCACUCUUAAGAAAUUUUACAGAGAAGUCAGGUCCAGCUGAUGUCAUAUCAUCUACACAGAUCAUAAUGGUUGAGACAACUCUCUCCAUGGGACAACCAAAUAACAGCUUUGUGAUGUCCUACACUCCAAGCACUGAAGGUUGUUCCAAAGUUGUAAAACUUGUAGAUACCAUCACAGUUACCAGCCCAGGUUAUGAAUUUAACGCCAACUAUACAAACAAUCUCAAUUGUAAUUGGCUAAUCACAGGGCCUGCCAACCAAUCAUUGGGUAUCACAAUUGACAACUUUGACAUCGGGCCAAACGCUGAUAGAUUAACAUUAUAUGAUGGCUUAUCCAAACUUUCUCCCAUAUUAGGAAGUUAUUUUUACGACACAGGAAUAUCAAACAAAGGAUCUGGUCUGGUGAGCACAGACAACAGUUUACUGAUCAACUUCCAGUCUGACAGUAUGAGAACAGCUAGAGGUUUCAGUAUCACAGUUCGGACACAGCCUUAUGGUGGUGUGUUCACUGACAGUGGAACUAUAUCCUGGAUGUGGAAGAGCACAACCUCUGCACCUAAGAUCAUUGAUAUUUUAAAUGAUACCUGGUACUACUUGUUGAAAGUGCCAGACAACCAACAGGUAUAUGUGACAUUUGAUGAUGAUAGACUCAUGUUCCCUACAGCUUCUGUUGAUUGCUACAGUGGAAGUAGCGACACUGACCUUCAUGUGGGGCACUUCACAUCACUGGGUGCCCCAUUCACGGAUGUGUUCUCCAAUAGCAACAAGAUGCUUCUGGUCUUUAGGAACUUCUAUGGGAGACAACACAUUCAGGCUAACUUUUCAGCUAUUUCACAAGGAAGCCAUGUGAAUGCAUUUGGAAGCAGUGGCUCAGUUAUUAUGAAGAAUUCUGUACAGAUGAACCAAUCCACAUUGCUGAUUCAACCAAUCAAUAUAACAGAUCUAAUAUCAUUAGAAAUCAUAAACUUAAAUUUGGAGCCCAAUGCAACUGUGACCAUAUUUGAAGGACUGUCUGACCAAUCAACUAGAAUUGUGGCAUUAACUGCAUUUGUACAAACAUUUCCACCCAUAUAUGUGAGGCCAAAUAAAGGCAUAAGGGUUGCUUACAUGACUACAAACCCUGGACAAGAUGAAUCUCAGUCUAUGGACAUAUUUACAGUCACAUAUAGAAUUGUACCAGGAUGUGGAGGAAACUACAAUUCAACAAAGGGAACUAUUCUCAGCCCGGGUUUCCCAAACCUCUACCCCUACAAUAUGGACUGUUCCUGGUCUAUCACCCCUCUGAACAGUAAACUGGUCCACAUAACAUUUGAUGCGUUUCACACAGCCAAUCAGCAUCCAGUUUACAUAUCCAAGAUGAUGAAUGGUACAAGACAGUUGGUUGGAUCAUUUAGAGGGAAUGACACUCUGUAUGAUAUAAUAGGAACAACAAAUGAAAGUUUGGUGUUGAGCUUCUCGUCCAGUGCCCAGAAUUCCUUAAAAGACAUUGGAUCUGGUUUUAAGCUGAGUUACGAGAACAUAGAUUGUGGUGGUCUGUUGACAAAUCUUAGCAGUUCUAAGACAAUCUCCUCCCCAGGCUUCCCUGCCCCUCUCCCUAAUGCUACAAUCUGUGUGUGGGUGAUAGCAUUGCCACAUAGCACUGGGAACAACUCAGCAGUGAAUAUUGUCAACUUCAGUCUAGAUGUCAAGAACUACAUUAACAGCACAAGCACUGGGAACAACUCAGCAGUGAAUAUUGUCAACUUCAGUCUAGAUGUCAAGAACUACAUUAACAGCACCACAAGACAAAAUCGUAUGGAAUAA